AUGUCCAAAUGGCGACAGAAAGGUUUUGUCCAGGACUCGGAUGAGGAAGAAGACGAGUCUCAGCUUGAGAGUCAGGGUUCCAGGCAGAGUGUUGGCCUGAGUGGACGCGUCGAACGCGUCGAAGAUGACCUCGUGCCGGUCCGACAGCAUGAAGCAGCCACGCAAGAGGUGCAGAGGAUUGGUGAAGACGAAGAAGAGAAGGAACAUGCUGUCGACGGCAUCAAUGUGAUAGAGAAGCAAGAGACGGGCAUCGCCACGCCUACCAAACACAGCUCGCCGAGACGCCCUACGCCAUCUCCCUUCACGCCCAAAUCGACGCGCAGUAUAAGAAGAGAGCCCACCGAGAGCCCUGAUCCGCUACUAGGCUCACCUACGCCGAAAAACCGACAGGCUGUACCACCUCCGUCGUCACAGCGCCUGGCAUCCCCGAUUCUCCAGCCAAGCUCUGCCGUGUCCAUACCUCAACUCGACGACGGCCAUCUCGUGCCCCUCUCCGAUAACUCGACUACUCCGAUACAAGCAGCAGCCACGGAGAAGCCUGAAACCUCUACACAUGCUUCAAGCAUACUCAGAGAGUUCGGCAUCGCGCCGUUGUCCGACGAUUCCGACGACGAUCUCUCAGAUCCGCCCUCGGACCUGGAAUCGCCCCCUCCUGCUUUCGCUGAGCCCCAUCGUCGUACGGCAGUUCAAGUUGUCAUACCAUCCGCAACGGCUCUACAAAGACAAAUCGCCGAUGAUAGGGCCAGACGCGAAUUUCGACAACGGAAGCCCAUCCAAAUGCAUCCAUAUGCGCUGGAGGGUGAGAUGUAUCGGAGAGAAGUACAGAGCAGAGGCCUCAAGCCGGUGCGAAGAGAACGUUCACGAUCCCCUCAGGGUCAUCGCAGGGAGCCAAACGAUGAGUCACAAGAACAGGAGUUCAAUCCAGAUCAAAGCCCUACAAGCAGCCCUCCCGAGGUCGAGAUACCCGUCUCUACACCUGUGCUGCCACGUCCAAGAAAUGAUCUCAUUCAUCGGCCUACUUCUGGUCCCGCCAGACGUCCUCCUUCUACACAGCUCCGUCACCCUCAUGCAGCCAAGCGUAGGAAGCCUAAUUUCUCAUCCACACAAGCAGCGGCGGCACCGACAAGCAUUUUUGAAGACAGUAAUAUGCGACGCGAUGUUUGGUCCAUACCUCCGAACUCGCCGCCGUAUUCAAGUAGUCCACCAUUACAUGGAACCACGUCAGCUCGCCGUCCAGCUAUGCUGCGUGUAUCAACCCCUGCUCCAAACUUGCCGACGCCGUCUACGUCGUCUGUCAUGCAAGAAGACCCUCAGAUGCUCCAGGGCUCAGACUCUGAGCCUGCCCCGCGCAGCAUACAAAGAUCCGGUGGAGAACUGCGUCGGCCAACAAGGGUAGUGAUAACGGACAGCUCAUCUUCGGCUGCAGGCUCUGCUAGUGAGGCAGAGAAGAGCGACGAUGACAUGCGUCAUGUGGGCCGAAAGAUCAAGGGAGUUUUGCCUGCUUCUUGGUUGCGAUUCGAUCGCCAGGCACAAGAGCGACGGAAGGCUCAACAACGCGAGCGAGAACGCGCGCGUAUCAAUGCAGCUGCUUCCCCCGAGCCAACAGCGCCUGUUCGUGGAGUCGCUCAGAGAAUCAUGAGACCUGCUGGCCGACCUCGACAAAGUUCAGUUUCCAACACGCCUUCGCAAGCUCCUGUUGUCAUAUCGGAUGAUUCAGAUGACGGGCCCAUGGCUUCUGAGCCCCAGCCUUUGCAAAGGGUGCAAGACUCUGUGGCCAACGCCUCUGCGUUAGCUGCAAUGUUUGACGAUCGUUAUGCCGACGACAACCUGUCCGACAUGGAACACGACCGUCUGCCUCUCCCUACGCUCGGUGGGACUGGAUCGAAGCGGAGAAAGCAGACCAAACUUACAGACGCUUUCGCGAAAUCCAAGAAGGUCAGACUAUCAGACGGGUUGGCAAAGAACGUUGGCUCUGGGAAACGCUCGUCUGGGGGUCAAUCCUCGAACAGGAAGCAUGGCCACUCCAAGAAAUCACGCAGAACCCCACCACCUGCCAUGAGUGUCAUAGACGUUGAUCUUUCGCCUUCUCGAUCAGGUGGUAAACUGCCGCAAUUUCUUAGGAUCGCCAGACGGCAAGCGCUUCAAAGACCAGAUCUAGCUCGUCAAAGUUUACAUGACAAGCAGAUACGACUGCAUAACGCUGAAGAUACAGAAGAAGCCAAUACCACUCUACGACAGUGGCAACGGGGAACAUUGAAACCCAGAGCAAAUGUUGCAUCGCAAAAAAGGAGAUCCCGACAUCCUUUGGCCGAUCGAAUCGAUAAUCAGCAGCAUGCCGAGCAGCUUUCAGUAGCUGACGCAGCAUCUGCGAAGGGCACUGAAGUACAAUCGGAAGCCGGGACGGACGCAUCUCGUACACGCCCACGUAAAAGCAUCCCUGCAGGCCUCCAUAUCUUCCAGCGCUCUACGACUCAGGUCAGGAAAUCUACGCAACGAGGAAAGAAACAUGUGCACUCAAGCAAAGAUUCAGGACGAGCUGUGCGUCAGGCGCCUCUUCCGUUCAGAACCGCGCAACUUGAAGGCGAUGAGAACGACUUUGGCCGUGGCCACAGGAAAAUCGCAUUCGAGAAGGGCCUCCUGCGUGUCGAUCAGCAGUUUGGUCUUCAGCUGCCUAGCGAACAGCCUUUCGUAAACCCACAGCUGGCUAGGUAUCUCGCAGAUGACAAUACCGAACUACCGCCCCUUCCCUCCGCGAGAGACGUCGGAGAAGGCCAAACUGAAGGACCAAGCAAACAACAACCUCCGGUUCGCAGACGCUUGAAGCGAAAGGUACAAGCGCAACGAAUUGAUGUCGAUGCGCGAGAAUACCGCCAGCCAAGCGAGCCAGCAGUUGACGAGAUCCUCAAGAACACCGACGCUCCUAAACCACAAGAGGUCGACACGGAAGACGGCUUGCCCGUACUCCACGGGUUGGGUCCUUAUGGCACCCGUUACCCGAUCACGUUCGAUGUAUACUCUCUAGCCACCGACACGUACUUCCAUUUUUCCACAUUCAUCGGGGCUGACGAGUUUCGCCAAGCUCUACUUGUCUGCAAGCCUGGUAGCCGUGACCUCGAUGAAUUAGCCGGUCAUUGCACCAUCAGCCAUGGCGCUCUGUCAGUCAGAUGUGGCCCAUGGAAUGAUGAAACAUUUUCUAGGCUACAAGAGAUUGUGAAAGCGGUAUCAGAACCUGUCGAAGUCCAUGGACCCGACCCUGAUGCGUCAUCAUCAGUCCACGAAAGUCCGCUGAACUCAGUUCGAUUGGCACGAUCACUCAUCAGCUAUAUCACCUACCAUCUCAGCUUCUUGGAUCCCAUCGAUCGGGAUGACUGUGUGGCCAAGUUGUUGCGGCUAUGCCAAACAAUCUUUGACAACUUGUUGGUUGCCCAAGGUACUCUGAACGGCCAAGAUCCUAGUCAUACUCAUGGUGUGGUCCGUGCUAUGGCAUACCUUCUUGUCAUCAGCCUUCAAGUUCACCACAUAGCUCAACAUCCUACCAUUGCUCCAGGCAACCAAGUCGGAGUUGUCGGUCUUGCCAAAAGCUUGUCCAAGACUAUCGUCGCUCACUUGAUGCGGCACGGCAUUCCCAGUCUUGGUAGUUUUCUCGAACAAAACCAGCGACACUCCGUACGCGAGAAGGGUAUACAAGAUACCGACGUGAUUGUUGAGAGCACGAUCGUAUGCAUGCAUGUUUUGGAAGAGGUGGACAUACCAGGAUGGAGUUUCUGGGAUCUGGCCAGUCAAGAGCUUAGUUUGAAGUUGGGCAGCGCUACUACUUUACCUGCCUUCGAGGCUACCUGGGCCACGAUGUUCACCUUCCUUCCCUAUAACGAGAUCGAUUCGUCCGGCAUACCGCAUAGAAGCCGGAGGGAGACUUUCCAGAGCGACAAUUGGGCUUGCAUCCGAGAUCUCUUGCGCAGACUAUUCGAUUUGUACCCGAGUACCUACAGAAAGCACAGCACGUCGCUGAAUGCAUACGUCCGCGCCAAUCUUGCACGAUGCCAUCGGUUAAUUGCUCAUUGGCACUGGAGACGUCCGGAGUUGAUGCUCAACGCUGUCUUGGAUUUCUUUGGCAAGAAUGGACUCAAAAGCCUACGAAGUGAAGCAGGCGCUGGAUCGGUACCCUUUCUCAACGACCUUGCCACUGUCCCUUCGCUCAACAUCGAGCCGAACGAGAACUCAUUUCACAUUGCACUGAAGUGUCUCGCUCUAGGUCUCCAGGGUAUGCGUAAUGCCUAUCCUGAAAAGAAGAUCCGUAGCUUUGUUUUCCGCUCUCUACCUAAUCAUGGGCGUGCUUACCCCAAAGAUCAGCCCCUGGACGAAGAAAAUCUCGCAGCGCUACGCAAUCACCAUGACCUACUCUCAACGCUAUACUGGGCUGCGCCACCCGCUUGUCGGCCAAAGCUUGAUCACAUUCGUGACCUAGUCAAUCACGAGAGCUCUCAUCGCGAAGCAUGUAGAGUCAGUGUUCGAGCCUGGGCCAACCUUGCUACGUAUCAGCUAUCAACCGAAGAGCCAUAUACCUCUGCACGGCCAUUUGCAUCCUGGCACAAAGACAUCAUGCACCAAACGCUCAUUCAGUACAAGUUGGCAAAGACCGAAGCUGACGACUAUCUCAAGUCUGGUGUUCUGGACGGCACUACUGAUGUCUCUGCCGUCAUGGUUCGUCAAACGAUGGAAAAGAACCAGGGGCAGGUCAUUGCGACGCUAAGAGACUGCAUUGCAGGGAUGAGCAGGGCCAUUCAACAUGCAAAAGAUCAACCAUCUUUAAGGGCGUUUUUGGUGGAUUCCGACAUCAUGCAUCUCUUGGAGCUCCCUCAUCUGGAGGAUCAUCGACUCGUCAACGUUAUUCGCGACGUCAUGAAGGUCCUUCAGGAUUAUGCGAAGAUUCAGAAAGCCAACUUGAAGAAAGACGUUAGCCAACAGAGAAGCGAGGAAAGCCAGGACUACGGUGACUUUCCCGAUAUGGAUGAUCUGGAAGAUAUGGAAGUCGAUGUCCCCGCAAAGACCGUUCAACAAUCGGGAUUGGAUUUCAUCCAGACUCCACUUUGGCACUUGCUGUCGAACGCAUUUGGCGCGGAAAACUCGCCAGAUGAUAACCUGCUCAUGGAUUGCAUCGAUACAUGGGUUCGAAUUGCAGAAGGACAGGUCCUAUCGGGUGAAAGAUCAUGGUCGUACUAUCUCGAUUCGUUUAGCCAGGUAUCGUGGAAGCAGUUACGCCAGACCGAACAGACGCGCAAAUUCGGUCCAUACUUCAUGGCUGCUCUCGUUGACUGUAACUCAGCCGCGUACGAAGAGCAUCGACAUGAAUUUUUCCAGGCUCUAAUGGUAAGCUUGGUCGAGCGAGAGUCGAUGCUGAGGUUCCAGCACAGACUGCUGCACGCCAUCGCGCAAACGGACGAGCACCACCCGCUCAUGCAGAACCUACCUUUCUUCCGCGAUCUAGAGACUGGAAAAUGGGACAUCACUGCCGACACUCUGCGCACGCGACGCCUUGCUCUCAUCUCCAGCAUUCUCUCCAACAUGCGCGACGACAUCCACGCCAUCACCCGAGCCGAACCAUCACGUCUCGGCGAAAUGAAACGGCUGUACGCAUCAAUGCUGAAGGACUUCAUGACAUCUAUGAAGUACAACUACCAGCAGCUCCGCCAAGGCACAACGGUGACCGGCGCAUACGUCGAAUUCGUGCAAAAGAUCGUACAGUUCCUGAAGCAAUACACGAACGACAUCUGCCCUGUCCUGCCUUUCUUCACAGACUCGGUCGCCUUCCCACUACCAGCCGGUGAUCCCACAUACGUGGUCGCACGCCUCUGUGGAUACGCCCCGAAGUUGUCAGAUGCAGGGACUGCGAAACAGCUGUCUUUCUUCAUCCAGACCGUCGCACAACAAGCCGCUGCCGACAAUCAACAGGCUUAUCUGGUCAACCAGCUCAAGACUGCGCUUUGCACCGAUGAGGCGCCAACUGGCGAUAGGGUCGCACUACGAUCGGUAUUGCUACAAGGCAUUCUUCCCGCAUACUUGGAAGAAGCUUUCUCAUCAAGCACAGCUUUCGCCAUCGCUAGGCCCAUACUGCAAGCACUCCCCGCGAUCCUAGACACGAUGAUCUUUGACCUGCGUAUCACUCAGCCGGAAAGUCUCGCUUCAACCGUCGGCUGCAUCGUAUCGAUUUCACACGCCUUCAUCCGGGGUACAGAACAGCUGAAAGACAACCAUCAUCUGCUCCAGCUACCUUGCGUCCUCGCCGCGCUCACACACAUGCUGCAAGCUCUCAGAUUAAUCCUUUCUCCGCUGGAGUACAUAUGCAGCCGCACCAUGCCGUCCGCACAUCUCAACCCACCGCCACUAGUCACCUACAUCUGCGAGCUCAGCAUCUUUAUCACCGACCUUCUCCGCGGCGCAACACCAGACACCAUCCCCUCUUACGCCGGCGACGCACAUGCGCCGCCCCCAGAGAGACAACACGCAGAUCUCCUAGCCUUCUGCCGACGCGGCCUGGAAGACAGCUUGAAGACGAACUGGAGCGAGAGCGCUGGAUCUAUAUGGUUUGGUCAGGGCCAUGCGCGCAGAGAGGUGCUGUUUGAUAUUGAGGGUGUGGAGGAAGAACGAGGAAGACUACAAAGGGGGAUAGAAGCGUUCCAGGCUGCGCUUCAUGAUGUCUAUGGCUAUGGCGACGCUGGGUUUCGUUAUGAGGAGGGAGAGGACGACGGGUACGACAUGGUAGUUUAG